GCGCUGUGAGUGACGUCGACCUGUGACGCGGAAACAAGGAAAUGACAACAAACAUCCAAAGAGGCUGAUUUGGCCUCGAAAUCCGACGUUCAUGGCUGCCAGCAGCCGCCGCCGUCACGGCUGGGACGCCGUCAGAGUUCCCCGGUGACGUGGCGGCAUGUGGCCGCUCUUCUUCCCCCGUGUUUGGACGAAACUUUCAGGAUGAUUCCGCUCUUCCAGCCUCGAAACCCCACAGCCGGUGGGCCCGUUUCCUUUGUUCUCCUCCCGGUGGUCUCGCAAUGUUAGCCAUGCUCGCCACCAGGACCGCCGAGGAUGAGUCCGCUGAGGCGGAGGACAUGGACACCCUGGAGCCCAACUGGAGCUGGUUCUACCUGGCCGAAUGUGGGGUGUGGCACAUGUUUGAGAUCGAUCCCAGCGCCGCCUGCUCCGUGACCAGCGCCCAGAUCGAGCAGUGCUACAGCCGGAACCAGCGUGGCGUCAUGGAGUUCUACACGGCCAAGUACACCUACAGGCUGGACUUCUCGGUCAUGCGGCAGAUCAAUCUCACCACAGGGAAGCAGCGGCCGAUCAAACGCUCCAUCCACUCAGCCACCGGCUUCAGGUUUAUUUGCGACAACCUGGCCUUGCCUGUUCCGUGUCACUGGGAGAGGAUCAACGUGGACGAGCCCUAUCAGCUCAUCCAGCUGGGAAGGGACACCUACGAGUUUAAAGAAGUCACUCGGCUCUAUGAGAGGACCAUGGAUCGUCCCAUCAAAUCCAUUCAGAGGAUCCAGAACUUGGACUUGUGGGAGUUCUUCUGCAGGAAGAAAAUGCAACUAAGGAAAGUCAAGCGCACUUUGGAUAUUGAGGAGCGCAUGCUGUUCCAUGGCACGGGACACAUCAACAUACAGGCCAUAUGCAUGUUUAACUUUGAUUGGCGGCUCACAGGAGGCAACGGCGACGUCUACGGCAAAGGAAGUUACUUCGCCCGGGAUGCCAAAUACUCCAGCAAGUACUGUCACAGCACGGGGAAGCACAACAACAACCUGCAGAGACACGGACUCGCCCCGCCGAUAUUUGCCAGCGAUCCGUCCUAUAAAAGCAUGUUCCUGGCGAGGGUCCUGGUGGGCGAGUACACGCUAGGCCAGGCCUACUACUGCAGGCCGCCCUCCAAGGACACCAGCCUGACCAACUUUUACGACAGCUGCGUGGACGACUCGGCCAACCCCAAGAUCUACGUCAUCUUCGACAGCAAUCAGGUGUACCCGGAGUACCUGAUCGAGUUCUACUGAAGGAGGAUGGGCGCAGAUUCCACAAGGAGGUAGGCGGUUCCAGCGAUGUCGUGAUAGUCCCGUGCCUAAGUGGAGCGUGAAUAAUCUCAAGUGCCUUUAAGGACUGCGGUCGAAGAGGACAAUGACAACUUUAUAUCGCACGGAAAUGGGCUGUCGUUGUCAAAGUCGGAUUUCCCCGUCAUAAAUGUUAGUGGGUGGUUUAUGUACAUAUUUAUACAAAACAUCCCCAUUGUCUUCAAACGUGUCACGACUAAUAACUGCAGCGUCAUGCAAUGUGGCUUAGCUCCAGUGUGUAUGCAUCGUAAAUCAUCUUGUUAAGAUGUCCCCGUUUUUUCUUUGUGGCUCUUGUGGGAAGAGGCACCAAAAGGGAUCGCCACAGGGUGGUGCAAUAGUACAAAUAUAGUUUCAAGGAAACUCGGUUAAUUAAGAGAAGAGCCUUGUGUUAAGUCUCUAUGUAAUUUGCACAUUGUGAAGUUAGUGAUUCUACUGCACCUCAGAGUGAAGCUAAUAAAUAUUUAUUAAGUUGUGUCUGGUAUUUAUUACACGGUUGCAAUGACAACUUCUACCGGUAUUCAUUUUGCACAUGAGCGCAGUGCAUCAUGGGAUAGUCAACUGGCUGCGCUACGCGAACAUACGGAUGGAUACUUUUAGUGGUCUUUAUUUAUUAAACGAAUAUGGCGACAUUAUCUAAAAGAUUUCCAACAUAAAAGUGCCAGAACUGGCUCCUUUGAUAGACGAGUUGAAGCAGGGAAUGAAAUAAUUACAUUCAAGUGUUUUUGGCCGGAGUGCAAUAUAGAAUUGAUGACAGUUGACGGCACAUGAGGACGGAAAUACAUUUAAAAUGUGCUAGUAUAGUUGCAAAUCAGAUGGCGGAAUUAAAUUUGUGGUAUUGAAUGCCACAUUCAUAUUUUUUUUUGACAAGUGCACAAAAGGUAAACAGAAUCAUUUUGGUUUUGCCCUCAAUGCAUUCCUGUAUCCUGACUUUGUUAACAAU